ACACACACACAUAAACACACACACACACUGUAUUUGUGUUUUGGAGAAGACAAAGUAAGUACAGCUUGGUCUUGGGUGAGUGGGUGGAGCCUUAGGCCCCGCCCCCAGGGGAGGGUAUAUAAAGGAGGUGCGACAGCAGGCAGGAGCUCAGUAGCACUGGCAGGAUGCGGAGCCUCAAGCACCUGAAGCCUCAUAGCAGGAGGAGUGCGGAGGAGAAGACACAGCGGGCAGUCCAAUGCCCGUCUGAGGUCAUGCGUGGGCGCGCGGAGGUGGGCACUCAGACGGAGCCAGUGGUGGUGCUGUCGCUGGCGCAGGCGGCCGUGCUGGGCCUCAUCUCGCAGAACGAGGUUUUCGGAGCCACCAUCGCCCCCAACGGCUUCUACACGGGCGACCCCAAAGAGUCCCCCGCUCCCCCCUCCGAGAGGAUGGACUACGAGUACGCCGACCAGCUCAUCGGGGCCAACGGAGACUACUUGGGCCAGAACGGCCUCGUCGAGGACGGACACAUGCCCCCCCACCCCGACUGCGGAGACCGCAGGUGGCACGGACCCCCCCACGACGGCCCCAAGCCCCCGACGGGCCAUCCCGACCCCUCUGUGUCAGGGGCAGGGGUGAAAGGUGAAGGGUCAUCCGCAGGAUCCGGGCUGCCGUCGUGCGGGCACAUGAUGAGCGGCAUGCCCAUGGGCGACCCGGCCGGGGGGUACCGGCUGGCACACAAAGACCCGCCGCCUCCUCCGCCGCCACACGCCGGGUGCCCGGACUGCCUGCGCGACGCCAAGAGCUCCCACACGCCCACGCCGCAGGGCGAGCCGCACCCUCACGCUCACCCGCACGGGCAUCACCCGCACCCGCACGCGCCGCCCCACCCGCACCCUCACCCGCCGCCGCACGCCUCGUCCCGCGACCGCCACGGACCGCCGCCGGGCAAGAGGGGCGUGGGGGGAGGAGCGGCGGGCGCCGGGGGCAGCGCCGGAGACAACGGCGACGACCGAGGAGGAGGAGAGGAGAACGGGAGGAACCGCGGCGGCGGAGGAGGAGGAGGAGGAGGAGGAGGAGACGAGGAGAUCAGCGGCUACUUCCAGCACGGCGAGGUGGGCUACGAGUCCAGCGAGAUGGGCGGCCCCGGCGGAGAGUUCGAGGAGAACAGCCAGGGGAUGUUCUGGAACGACCCGGGCGAGGGUGGAGGAGGAGGAGGCGGCGGCGGCGGUGGGUCGGGAUCGGGAGGAGGAGGAAGCAGCGGAGCGGCCGCGCACCAUCACCACCACCACCACCACCACCACCAUCACUCGGGCCGGCGCAUCGACCGCCUGGACAUCAACAUCCAGAUCAACGAGUCGUACUGCGUGGACGUGGGCGAGGGCCUGCGCCGCUGGAAGUGCCGCAUGUGCGACAAGUCGUACACGUCCAAGUACAACCUGGUGACGCACAUCCUGGGCCACAACGGCAUCAAGCCGCACGCCUGCCCGCACUGCGGCAAGCUCUUCAAGCAGCCCAGCCACCUGCAGACGCACCUGCUCACGCACCAGGGCACGCGGCCGCACAAGUGCACCGUCUGCAAGAAGGCCUUCACGCAGACCAGCCACCUGAAGCGCCACAUGCUGCAGCACAGCGACGUCAAGCCGUACAGCUGCCGCUUCUGCCGCCGCGGCUUCGCCUACCCCAGCGAGCUGCGCGCGCACGAGGCCAAGCACGAGCGCGGCCGCUGCCACGUGUGCUCGCAGUGCGGCAUGGAGUUCCCCACCUACGCGCACCUCAAGCGCCACCAGGCCAGCCACCAGGGGCCGCACGCCUUCCAGUGCGGCCAGUGCCACAAGUCCUUCCCCUACCGCAGCCAGCUGCAGAGCCACAUGCUCAAGCACCAGCCGGGCCGCUCCUACGCCUGCUCGCAGUGCGGCCUGCAGUUCCAGCAGCUCUACCUGCUGCGCCAGCACGCCUUCACACACAAGGGGAGCACACCCAGCACGCCACGGGUGAAGGGCCGUAAGGGCUUUAAAUGCGACGUGUGCGCGCGUGAGUUUACGCUGUCGGCCAACCUGAAGCGCCACAUGCUGAUCCACGGCAGCGUCCGGCCCUUCCAGUGCCACGUCUGCUUCAAGUCCUUCGUCCAGAAGCAGACCCUCAAGACUCACAUGAUCGUGCAUCUGCCCGUCAAACCAUUCAAGUGCAAGGUGUGUGGGAAGUCCUUCAACCGAAUGUACAACCUGCUGGGCCAUAUGCAUCUGCACGCGGGCAGCAAGCCCUUCAAGUGCCCUUACUGCUCCAGCAAGUUCAACCUCAAGGGCAACCUCAGCCGCCACAUGAAGGUCAAACACGGCAUGGACGUUUCUCCAGAUGGCCACGAUGCCCCUCCAGAGCUGGAGCCCCAGGAGGACUACGAGGAGGAGAACUUUGACUUUGCUCCUCCCGAGAACAUGGAGAACAGCGACGCACCCAACCUCACCAAGCUGUCAGAGGUGGCCAUCCAGGAGCUGGACUACUACAACUUCGGCAAAGACGUGGGGAACUUCAACUCAGCCUGAGAGCAGAAGAACUGCCCCCCCCACCCACCCUAUCCACACAACUCUGCCCCUGCCCCAUCCACUCACCCCCACCACCCACCCCCGCGCUCUUAACCUCUUCUACGCAGCACUCUCUCUCUCACAUACACAUACACACCUGAACACACACACACACACACACACACCCCCACACACACACAUAAACAUGUGGAUGAGCACAUGAACCUGCCGCCAGCAUUGGCGCUUACUGACCCUGUGUGAGCCAGAACUCAACCCCAGGGGAUUCUAGUGGAGGCUGUGGAGGGCAGCCAUCUUUGCUUUGUUUCCUCAAUGCGCCGCCAUUGUGGCUCUGUUUCUGCUGAGGGACUAUGAGUCUGGAGAAACACCUUCACCCACAUGACUUCCUGUUUCCUGCUCAAGCAGUGAUGGACCCUCUGAAGGUGAACAGCACUGAGACUGUUUAAAACUGCAGUUACACUCACAGGAAAUCCUGUCCUAGUUUGAUGUUCCUGCAACAUAUAAAAGAAAAAAAAGAACAUGCAUUUGCAUUGUGGUCAUAUUAGAAGUCAAAUAUUUAAAGGACUGUUUUCCAUCUGCCAUAAUCCACCUGUCACGUUACUUUGGUGAGAGAGUGCAUGUGAAGAAUGGUGUGAAUGUGAAGUAUGAAGUGUGUGAGUGUGUGUGUGAGUGUGUGUGUGUUUGUGUGUGUGUGUGUGUGAGAGAGAGAUAUUGUGUGUGUGUGUGUGUGUGUGUGUGUGUGUGUGUGUGGUUACAGUUCAGUUAGAGUAAGGUACCUGAAAAAGUACCGUUGAGUUCUGGUACCGUUAUUGGUUCAGUUGCGAAAGGUAUCCAACCCUAGUGUGUGUGUGAGAUUGAUUGUUUGUGUGUGUGUGUGUGUGUGUGCGUGAGUGUAUGUGUGCGAAGGAUGUGUUUAUCCCCCUUUACCAAAGCUCUUGCUGUAAGCCAGAACAUACAACACCUUACCCCAAUCAGUAACCCAACGCCCCAAACUACCCAUGAAAAAAACCCAAAACAAGCAACUACACCUAACCCGUGCCCUGGGCCCUAGCGUUGUCGGGUCUAAAGCCUACUGGUUUAGUACUGUGAGAUAUCUCGGUUUAAAAAAAAAACAAAAAAAAACAGUGUACUUAACAUUAGUUCUCAGUGUAGUCAUUUAGCUCUUCAUGAACUAACUUUCAUUGUUGGCAAGAACUUGUGAUCCUUCUCCAUUCCCUCUCUGGUAUCUGCUUUGUUCGAUUGCUGAAGUUGUUCUAGAAAGUUCUAAAGUUCUGAUGAACCUGUUCUGAUGAUGUUCGGUUUUUGGUCACCCGAGAGACUGCAAUCUCAAAUCAGAGUCCAGUUAGAAGAGAUUACAGUUCCUUGUUACUGAAUGCUAUUUAUUUUGCACUUUUUGAUGGAAACACACUUAAAGAGAAGGGGAAGAUGUCUCAAUUCAAGUAUUUAGCCACUAACCUUCCUUUUGGCUGGUUUUCUGGUGAAGCCUUAAACCUAGUCCUGGACUUCAUUUUGUUUAUGAGGAAAAAAAGAGAUUUUCUUUUGUUUUGUUUCUGUUUCAGCUUCCAGUAUAGACUAGCACUAGAAUUAGCGGCUAAUGGACUGAAUUGAAUUCACCCGCCCUCUCUGUUCUCUCCUGAGAGACAAACUUGACCUUUGACCCUUUUGUGUAAGAGCUCAUCAUUUCAUCACUACUUCCUGCUCCCAGCUGGCAUCUGCCCGCUCUGUAGAUAGUUAAUGAAGCUUUUUUUUUCAUGCUGGUUGCCAGGCAAUUCUGUUCUGUCUUUGGGCGGUAGGAGAGGUGUGUAUGUUUGUUAUUACAAAAGAUAAAGUUGGACAGUAGAGGGAGAGGGAGGCAGGGCAGUCUGUGCAGCUUUGCUCUUUGGGAGAUACAUCAGUCGUUAUUCGAACUCACAAAAUGGAUGGAUGGCUUGUCUUCUCUUUUGGUUCUGAGUAGUGCAACCGACUUUGAAAAUUCACACCUGGUUAUUUAAUAAAGAUUCUCUAGUUCAGACAUUC